AUAUUUUGGCUGCUGCUGCACUGCUGCAUGGGCAAGCGCCUUUGGGACUACGAGCCUAUAUCCAUAACAGGAUAUAGCGAGGACGAAAGCAGACUUAAGCCCGAUAUACGUAUAGCAAGAAAAGGGCGUCAGCGACCUUGGUUCGAAGGCAGCAUUGAUUGGAAUUACGAUCCAGCGGAAACUGAUACGGUUGAAACAAAAGUCUGGCGCAGUCAAACUGGCUCUGAGUACGACUAUGUUCAAAUGCCUUACGCUGUGCCGGCCACAACUUUUCCAGAUGCUUUGAAGAAUUUAUACAAGAAUAUGGUGGUGGACAAUUUUGGGCAUUGCAUGCAGCUGCCCGACUUGGGUGAGAAGCCUCAGCUGCCAAUUCCUUGGGCACACUACGUCAUUGACGCCUGUGUGCUAACCGGCACUCACUUUCCAGAGCGUGUACCCGAUGGCCACUAUAAAAUCGUCGUUACAUUUAGAGGCGAUUUUACAUGGAGCUUGACUAUUGUUGCUAAAAUUUUCCAGCCUCCAAAUUAAGUGGGCUAACUUUUAACUAAUAUAUGCUACUGCUUUAAUAUUUUCUACUGCGCAUAAUCGAGCUCGUUUUUGUGGCAAACUGCAUGACAAUAAGCAGCUAGAAUUAAAUUCAAUAU